AUGGGAGUCGAUGUCCCGAAGCCCGACGGUCUCCUUGACCUCCUCAGCCUAAAAGGAAAGGUUGUUGUCGUCACCGGUGCCUCAGGCCCACGCGGUAUAGGUAUCGAGGCCGCUCGCGGAUGUGCAGAGAUGGGUGCGAACAUUGCCAUCACAUACGCCUCUCGAGCCGAGGGCGCGCAGAAGAACGCCAAAGACCUUGAAGAGACGUACGGUGUUCAAGUAAAGCCGUUCAAGUGCAACGUGUCUGAAUACGCCAGCGUUGAAAAAUUAGUGAAGGACGUCAUUGACGAGUUCGGCAAGAUCGACGCCUUUAUCUCCAAUGCCGGGAAGCUAGCUGAUAAAAGCGUGCUCGAUGGCUCAGUUGAAGACUGGAAUAGUGUUAUCAACACUGAUCUAAACGGCUCGUACCACUGCGCGAAGGCCGUUGGUGGGCAUUUCAAGGAACGCGGUACUGGAAGCUUUGUCCUCACGGCUAGCAUGUCUGGCCAUAUUGCCAACUACCCUGCUGCAUAUAACACCUCCAAGGCCGGAUGUCUUCAUUUGGCGCGCUCGCUUGCGAAUGAGUGGCGCGGCUUUGCACGCGUGAACAGUGUUUCGCCGGGAUAUAUGGACACGGGGCUCAUGGACUCUGUUGAUCAGAAAACGCAGGAUGCUUGGAAGGCUAUGAUCCCUAUUGGUCGUUAUGGCUAUGCGAAGGAGUUGAAGGGCGCCUACGUUUACCUGUGCAGCGAUGCUAGCUCGUAUAUGACUGGCUCGGACAUGCGUAUCGACGGUGGUUACUGCGUGUGGUAG